UUUUUGUUUUAUCUUCCGCUCUCGCGUUACCCCGCGUAAGGGAGAUUACUCUGCGCUCAGUGCACGUAUCUUUUACAAAGGUAAUGCAUUCGAAGAGUUCAGUCUAGUCGCAGCCAUCGAAUACAAAACACACCCACCGAGUAGUUUGAGUCUAGCAACCGAGUGAUGUUGGUAGAUUUCUGUGUUCGAUAGAAUAAGUGAGAUUGUUUGUCGCUGUUGAAUGAAACGCAACCGAAGUGAGAGAAAGUGUCUUCUCGAUGGAAGUACUAGUCACGUCACAUUUGGUUGACCAUUUAGUGGUGUACGGACUGCAGUAUCUUCUGCUUUGUUUAUUUUUCUGCUCUGAGGUUGCGUACGUGAAGCAGAAUGUAUCUGCUGGCACUUCAAGGCGAUCUGCAUACAGUGUACUAUCGGUGUACUUAGUGCUCCACACACUGGUGGCUGUCAUUCUGGCGGCUUACCGAUUGGUCGAUGACUCUGUUGCGGUGUGGAGAGAUGGAAUGGAGGCUAGCACUAUGGUAGCCGUCCUCUUUCUGCAGAUUUACUCAACCCGUCGCAAUGUGGAUCACGUCUUCCUGUUCACCUUUUGGACACUUCGGUUACUUGCCCUCUCGAUCGACGUUGCGUUUGAUCGUACAGAUGCGUAUGAUCUGGUGCAUCUCAUGCUAGCCAUUGUCUGGCUGUGCGUAUGUGGUAUUAGAUCACUGCGUAACGCUACUCUUCAUUCCAGUACCAGUUCGACUAAAUUACGUGAGCCGAAUCUGCUUCGAAACUUAUUCUUUUCCUGGUUGGAUCCCACUUACCGGGAAGCUCAUCGGGGUAGUGAAACGUUUUACGAGGGCAAGCUGUUCGAUAGACUGCAGGAAGAUCGUAGAUGUGAGACACUGUUGGAGUUGUACGAGAAAGCCAAUGUAAAGCGUGGCUACACUGCGGUGGAUGAUGGUAGUGGACAGGCGGAACAGGAAAAACAUCGGUUUACCAUCGGUCGGCUACUUACACCGUUCCGGCGUGACAUCAUACUAACCGGGUUGAAUCGGUUUGCACUGAUCGUGUUUUACUUUCUCUGCCCGUAUCUUCUACGAGUUUUACUUGAAGAAAAUCAAUCUCGAAUGUACCAGAAGUGGAUUGUGAUGGCAUUGUUUAAUGCAUCGAUUAUGAUUGCCCUGCUCAAUACGCAGUACCAGCACGCAACACAAGACAUAGGGCUGCGCAUCAAGUCCAUCCUGAUGGGUGCAAUUUACAGAAGCAUUCUUGCGCAAGCUUCCACCACCAACACAUCAAGCGCUACGUUAACGACCGACACGGUUGUGUUUGUUCCCUUCGUGCAGGAUAUACACAUGAUGUGGUCCGGUCCACUGAUCAUCAUCGUUACAUUCGUUGCGCUUUGGGUGUGGGUUAUAGGACCGAGUGGAAUUGUAGGCCUAACAAUCAUGAUGGUCGUGAUCUUCAUCACAAGACUGCUAGCGCAAAAGAUUUCCCGCCAGGAGGAGCAUAUUAAACGCUGCAAGGAUAACCGUGUACGUCUGACUACCAACUCGAUCGAGCAGAUGCAACAGAUCAAGUCGGAUCUGUUGGAAGAAUUUUUCGAACAGCAGAUUGGAGAGCAUCGGACGGAUGAGUUGCGCCAUAUGCGAACCUUCAUAUGGUACGAUGCCCUUAAGCAUGUACUCAGCAUCGUUACACCGACGAUCGUAGCUUGUGGAACGUUUCUUUUCAUGUAUCUCGAGGGCAGUGGUUCUUUGCUGACCGUUCAAUCGAUGUUUGUAGCGAUCGCACUGUUUAACAUUACGCGCUAUCCAAUGUCGGUGAUACCGAAUCUGAUGACGAACUGGAGAAUCGCUAAUGAAAAGCUCGAUGGUAUCAACGUGAUAGUGUGCGGUGGUAGAAAGGACGAACCGAAUGCAAGGAUGCAUUUAAAAAGUACAAUAAAAAAUGGAGCCUACCGAGGAAGUCUGGAGAAAAUGCAGGACGUGGUACAUGCGUUCGUUGAUCAGCUAGAAGACUCAAUAACGGAAGACUCACCAAAGACAGAGCUACUGAAACUCGAUCGUGCACAGUUUUCAAUUGCUAACAAAGUGAUCUUAAGGAAUAUCAACAUGAAGAUACGGAUGGGUAGUUUUACCGGUGUAAGCGGUACUCAUGGUUCGGGCAAGACGACUCUCUUGCGUGCAAUGAUCGGCAUGGUACGUAGAACUGCGGGAACAAGCACCAUCAUGUGGAAUCAAGUUUCUUACUGCCCACAAACACCAUGGAUCCAUAGUGGCACCAUCCGGAGUAACAUCUUGUUUGGACAGGAGUACGAACAGUCUCGGUAUGAGGAGGUGAUACGUGCUUGCUGUCUGGAAGAGGACCUUAAGACAUUCCCUGACUAUGACGAACGUGUGGUCAGUGAAGGUGGACACUCACUGUCAGGUGGACAAGCACGGAGAGUCUCCCUAGCACGUGCCGUUUAUCGACGUGCUGACAUAUAUCUGUUCGAUGAUCCACUCCGCUCGUUGGAUCCCAACGUGUCCCGUAAGGUGUUUGAAAAUGUGUUUCAUCGUACUAACGGAUUGCUUGCAGAAUGUUCCUGUGUGUUUAUAUCUCACGAUCCCGAACAUCUUGCAAUAGCAGAUACAGUACUAGUAAUGUCCGAAGGUACCAUCGAUAAGGUUCUCACACCUGCCGAAGUGAACGAGCAAAUUGCUAAUCAGAUAAUUGGAGAAGAUCAGGAAGAAUACGUUCAGGAACACAUGGCAAAACAAGCUCCCAAACGGAAUACGAAUCGCUCAAGGAAAGCUCACGGAAAUACUAACGAGAAUAGCCGAGGAAAUGUAUCACUGGAACUGUACGCUAACUUUUUACGCAUACUUAAACUGCCAUACUGUAUCGGUGUAGUGUCGCUGGAAGGAGUGACUAUUGUGCUAGAUAUCGUAAUCACUACCCUGCUGGCACAGUGGGCUUCUAGUGACAAGUGGACGAAUGAUGCUCUGUUCAGUAGCUCUGUGAUGGUGUGUAUAUGGUCGAUUUCCGUGUUCUUCAAGACAGUGCUACUUCAGUGGGGAGGUUUACAGCUGUCCAAGUUCGUCCACUCCCGUAUGCUUGCUACGAUUCUGCGUCAACCAAUGGAGUUUUUCGAUCGUAACGAUUCUGGUGUAAUUGUGAACCGAUUUUCAAACGAUCUAAACAUAGUAGAUGCCAAGAUCAUCAUGAAUCUUCGUGCAGUGCUGAGCGCCUCGUUUAGUGUGCUUGGAACGUUAGUACUUUUUGUAUGCAAGUUGUACAAUAAGGUUCUAUUGUUUGUUCUAGCACUUGUAGCAGCAGUCAUGUUAGUUUUCGGCCUGAGGCGUUUGCUGAGCUAUCAUUUACAAGUAGCACGAACUUUGAAGCGUUUUGAAGCAAGCUCAAGAUCUCCCAUCAUACUGCAGUAUAACGAAACGUUGCAGGGUAUUGAUACAAUCAAAGCGUACGAUGCGGAAGAACGAUUUCUGCGACAGUUCUUGGAAAGGAUCGACACCCAUCAGAACUACAUUUACCACAACAAUUCCGCCAGCCGUUGGAUAGGAAUUCGACUAGAGUUCAUCGGUGCGAUGGUUAUCUACUUCGUGGCACUGCUCACCGUCAGCAAUCAGUCGAUGGUUGGGUUGGCUUUUGUAGGAAUCAUCGUUAGCUAUGUGCUGCGUUUGAUUCCUUCCCUCAAUAGCCUUUUGUUGGCGGCGGGCGCACUGGAGGAGAACAUAAUAUCUUUCGAACGCGUUGCACAGUAUUUGGAUCUUCCACGCGAAACGAACGAUGAGACAGGAGUUGAUUAUCCGAUGUCGACAGACCCGGAAAAAUUACCCGUCCGAGGGCCAAUUGAAUAUCGUGAUGUUUCGCUAACGCAUUCCGAUGGAUCGACGGUCCUCCAUAACAUAACGCUUACGAUUCCUGCAGGCGAAAAGUUAGGUAUCGUAGGUCGAACUGGAUCUGGCAAAUCGAGCUUCAUUGGGACAUUGUUCCGAUUUUACCCCAAUCAUACAUCAGGCACUAUUCUUAUUGCUGACGUAGAGUUGAGGGGCAUAUCGUUAAAGAAGUUGCGUGGUGAACUUACACUCGUUCCCCAAAGUACAAACUUGUUUUCAGGGCUCGUUCAGAACUUCAUCGAUCCAUGGAAGACUCAUACGGCCGAACAGUUAAUUAAUAGUUUGCGUGAGUGUGAACUAGGAAAUGUUAAUCUAGGUGCAACACUGCAAGAACUAUCCGUGGGUCAGCGUCAACUUUUGUGCCUAGUACGUGGUUUGCUGCGUAAGAAACCGAUCAUUAUACUGGACGAAGCUACGUCGGCGCUAGAUGAACACACGGAAGAUCUCAUACUGAAGGUACUUCAAGAACGGUUUCACGAUCGUACCGUUCUUAUGAUUGCCCAUCAUCUUAAUACAGUGCGAAGCUGUAAUCGUAUAUUGUGGCUGCAGGAUGGACGUGUGCGUAAAAUUGCACCGUUGAAAGAUUAUACGGUGGACGAGCGGAUUGAGCUCGGGUUCCGCGAUUAGUACUUAGAUCCAACGCUUUGUGAUAAAUGGGUGCCUACAGCGUACCUUCUGCACUCAUUAUUUAUCCUCCAUAGCUCUAAAAUUUUAUCAUCUAUAUAUAUUUAUAUACUAUUUAUGAGUGAGUUUUAUGCAAAGCAACGAUGUACUUAAUGCGCCGAUAAGAUAAACAAGGUAUACAAAUGUUUUCAUAUAAUAAACGAAACUGAAUACAUUUAA